AUGUCGUUUUCUCCAGAACAGUUUACUGAGAAGCUGAAUGCGUUAGAGGACACACAAGUAUCAAUCUCGAAUUCGUCCAAGUGGUUGCUCUCGCAGUAUACAGAAGCCGAUCAGGUGUCACAGUGUUUGAAAGAAUAUAUGACACAGAGCGGGCUUAGCAAUAGAAGGAAAAUGUUGGCCGUCUAUUUAGUUAACCAUGUUGUACAGCAAGGGAAGGUCCAGAAGAUUUCACAGUUUGAAACUGCGUUUGCCAGCGUAUUCCCAGGUGUGAUAAGAGUGAUUUAUCCGAAGUUCAAUGAAGACUUGCGGAGGAAAGUUAGGAGGGUUGUUGGUAUUUGGAAACAAAGGGGAGUCUUUUCUGGAGAAGUUAUAGAAGAAAUGGAGGAUGUGUUUCAGUCAGCAAAAUCUGUUCCAGCAGCUGUCAAGCCGGAAGAGGGUAGAGUAUCAUUGGAUCAGGGAGGUACGUCCAUACCUCCAGAAUUGAGGGAGGUUUCCGCCCUUUAUGACAGGUUGCACAAGAAUAAGCAUAAUGUUAUAGGCAUAAAGAAACGGUUUGACGAAGCUAUAAAUGAACUGGACCCACACAGUUUAGUCUUUAUGGAAAACUUCAAGACAGUGUCUAAAAUUGGGAAAGUUGCUACGGAAACAAUUCAAGAUAGACAAACUGUGAGAAACGAACUCAUAUCGAAGUUACAGAAACUUUUUGAGAUACAAAGAGCUGCUUUAGAACAAGAUCAGAUCAUGUUGAAUGAGAUCGAUUUUGCCCUUGAUUCUAAGGACCCUGAGCAAGUCAAUCAAGAUGCAGCUAUAGAAGAUGUGUUGCCGACUUAUGAGCCAGCAACUGGGGAUGGUGGUGAUUCUUCUAACAGUGAUGCUAGUGACGAUGGCAGCGACAACUCUGAUGACAGUGAAGAUCAUGAUGUUAGAAAGAAAAGACCGGCUGAUUUAGCAGAAGCUUCUGGAGAUGACUCUAGCAAGCGCAUCAGGGAUUCGGCUGAUAAGGAGGAAGAAUACGAGAUCGAAGGUUACACAGCAACAGAAACCCCAGCGGAAGUGGGGGUCCAGACUCGAACGGUGCGGUUACAUCAAGUAUACAAGAUCUACUAA